AAUCGGACCAUCGGUGAAACAUGGCAACACUUUUUGUAGCUUGUUCUCUGCUACUCAUAAGUGCAGCUCAAGGUCAAUGGACCACACCAGAUCCAUGGUAUAGAACCAGCACCUAUGCCCAGUGUGGUGGCUCCCUGUUAGGGUCAAGAGGAAAGUUUAACAGCCCCAACUACCCAGGCAACUACCCCAACAAUGCAUACUGUGUGUGGUACAUCCAGACAUCUGGAGGAAAUCAAGUUAUUCAACUGGAUUUCCCCUUCGUCAGUCUUGAAAAAAGCUCCAACUGCCAGUACGAUGCCAUCUCUGUCUACGACGGCUCCUCGACCAGAGGCCGACUGCUGGGGAAGCUGUGUGACAGACAGUCCUCCUCCUUCCACUCCACUGGAGCAAAUAUGACCGUGAAGUUCCAAAGUGAUGGAUCUCAAAACCACCAAGGCUUUCAGGCUGAAUACCAGUUAGUGGCUGAAGGAUCCUGUAGAUAUAACUGUGGCCAUCAGAUGGGGAACUGUUCAUGUUCAUACCUCUGUGAAUACAACGGCAACUGUUGCCAGGACUAUCGAAACCACUGUCCAGGUGGGUCCCCGCAACCUGAAACAACCACUGCUUUGGAGACUACUAUGGAGCCCACUCAUUGGCCUAUGGACACAACUGCUGACAGAGAUCUCUGCAGGUACAACUGUGGUUACAAUGUUGGACACUGCUCCUGCCAUUACAACUGCCGGUACUAUGGAAACUGUUGCCAUAGCUACUAUGAAUACUGUGAGGGCACAACAGCAGUAACCCCAACAGCAGAGGGCACAUAUGAAACAUCUCAAGCUCAGCGAUCCUGUCGGUAUAACUGUGGCUCGAAUCUUGGAAGCUGUUCCUGCAGCAGUUCCUGUCAAUACUAUGGCAACUGCUGCCAUGACUACAGCUAUUACUGUGCAAGUACAACACAAGAUGCUCCGACUACAGCUCAGAGAUCCUGUCGGUAUAAUUGUGGCUCGAAUCUUGGAAGCUGUUCCUGCAGCAGUUCCUGUCAAUACUAUGGCAACUGCUGCCAUGACUACAGCUAUUACUGUGCAAGUACAACACAAGAUGCUCCGACUACAGCUCAGAGAUCCUGUCGGUAUAACUGUGGCUCGAAUCUUGGAAGCUGUUCCUGCAGUAGUUCCUGUCAACGCUAUGGCAACUGCUGCUAUGACUACAGCUCUUACUGUCCAAUGGGCACCAACGGCCCAUACACAACAGCAGCGCCUCACUUGCCUUGUGGAGAGAACCUGUAUGGCUCUGGGUCCUUCACCAGCCCUUACUACCCUGGCUAUUACCAUGACAACGCUAACUGUGUGUGGCAGCUAUCGGUCCCUGCUGGACAAAGGGUCUACCUAUCAUUCACCUCGCUGGAGUUGGAGAACUGCUGUAACUGUGACUACGUCGCCGUGUACGAUGGUCCAUCUGUUAAUUCCCGACCACUGGGGAAGUUGUGCUCCGGCGGGAACACCACGCUGGAUGCCUUCCACUCUUCCUCCAGCUACUUGACGGUUGUCUUCCGCUCCGACCGAUCCGUGGUCAGCCGUGGCUUUCAGGCUCAGUUCAGCAGCUCUUUGCCAGCAAGCACAGGACGGGUGGACUGCUCUUCGGACAUCAUGAAUAUAGUGGUCUCCAGAUCCUACCUGAACUCUUUGGGUUAUGAUGGAUACAACCUGUACCUGAAUGACCAACACUGCCGCCCUUCAGUCUCCAGCUAUCAAGUGGUGUUCAGCUUCCCCAUCAACACCUGUGGAACCGUAAGAAAGUUUGUGAAUGAGAGAGUGGUGUACACCAACGCCCUCCGUGCAACCCCGUCUAACUCGGGUGAGAUCUCGCGUCAGUCGCAAUUCAAACUGAACGUGGAGUGUCACAUGGAGAAGGACAUCAUGGUCCAGAAUAUGUACCAAGCCAACGAGGUUUCCAACAGCUCCAUCACAGGAUCGGGCAGGUUCAACGGCACCAUGGCCUUCUACCAUUCCAGUAACUUCUACAACCAGGUGACAGAGGUCCCCUUCAAGGUCAAGCUCAACCAGGACCUGUAUGUCCAGGUGAGUCUGAGGAGGAGCGACAGCAGUCUGGUGCUGUUCCUGGACACCUGCGUGGCCUCGCCCUCACCUCACGACUUCCAAACCAGGUCUUAUGACCUGGUCCGCAACGGAUGUCCAAGGGACAACACCUACCGUCCCUACCUCUCAGGCAAUCACAGCUACGCCCGCUUCACCUUCAAGGCCUUCAAAUUCUUGCGAACCCACGAGUUUGUAUACCUGCAGUGCAAGGUCAUCAUCUGUCAGGCCUCGGACUACAACUCCCGCUGUCGGCGAGGCUGCUCCUCCCGCAAGGCCAGGGCCCUGGGCUCCAACCACGACAGCCACACCUUGGUGCUGGGCCCCAUCCAACGUCAAGACCUUGAGAAGGAAGGAGAACUUCCUCAACCAGAGGUCAAGGAUGAGGUGAAGGCCUGAGUAAACCUGUGAACCAACUCCUGUAAUCAGAAGCACAUCUAACUCAGUAACAUUUGAUACUUACACUAUAACCAUUUAUUUCUGAAAAAUCAAUAAAAGCAUCCUCAAAAGAC